AAAUUCUAUUUCUAUUAUCUUAAAAAUACGUAAUUUAUUUAAAUAAGCAUUAUAAGUGUAUAGACAGUCGCGAGUAAAAUUGAUAAAAAGUGCUUAAUAUAAAAAAUAAGCAUGGAAAAUUUUCUUUGUGUUCGACCUUAUACAAAAGAAGAUGAACCUUAUUGCAAAGAACUAGCAAAAAAUUCUAUUAUGGGUCUAAUAAAUCCGUUAUAUACUAAUUUUAUAAUUGCAAAAAAUCGUUUACAAAUUCUACUUGUGCUUGCUGCUUGCAAAUUAUAUUGGUCAGGUACUCCUUUUCCUUAUUACUUAAUGUAUCCGCUUGUUGUUACAUAUGGAAUCUACCUUAUACUAUAUGUACUAUUUUGGAAAACAGUUAAAAAUUCCCAAAAAACCAUAUUUGAUGCUGCAAGGAACUACAACGAAAAUAGUGAUAAAUGUUUUUGGGUAGCUGAAGCAUAUCACCAUCGUUCAUUAAUGUGUUUUGAACCAUAUUUACGUUAUACAUGGUUAACAGAAACAGAAUUACAGAAAUCUAAAAUUAAUUUAUCCGAUUAUGAUAAGAAAAUAGUAGGUUUUAUUGGAGUGGAUAAAAAUGUUAGAUUUAAUAAUUCUGCUUUAUUAAAUGAAUUCUUUGUUCAUAAUGAUUAUACGCGAAAAGGAAUAGGAACUCAACUCAUUAAAACUGCUCUUCAAUUUUGCGAUAAAAAGAAAUAUACACGCGUAAAUUUGAAAUUUUUCGAAUUUCUUACGGAAAGUAUAAAUUUGUGUAAAAAAUUAGGCUUCAAAUACUACGAAACACAGCCAAAAUCAUUUUUACCAUUAUUGGUUGGAAUAAAAAUGCAUGAAUUCUCCUACUGUACGGAAUUUACAAGACCUAUAUUUAGUAUUGAAUCCAAAAAACAAAUGUUAACAAAAAGUGUAGGAGAAACAGAGAUGCAAACACAACCAGAGAUACAAACACAAACAAAGAUACAAACACAAACAAAGAUACAAACACAAAGAAGACGCUACUUAAGACAUUUAAAUUUUUAAACUUUAAAUGCUUUUUUAUAAAAUACUUUAAUCUUUAAAUAGUAUUCUAUUAAAUAGUAUCUGUA